UGGUUUUAAAUGUGUACAAAAUAGGUAUACUUUCAAUGCUCAAUGCUUAGUUCAACCUAAUACGACCAGCAAGUCUUGCUUAUGGUCAUAGUUGAGUUUUACCCAAGGGGUUGAUAUUUUUAAAAGUUUUAAUUGCUUAAUUGCAAUUACAGAUUUAGAAAUAAAAAACAAUUUUUUACCAUUAUAAAAAUAAUCAUGGGUGUUGAUGUCGAAGUUAUAUCCCCCGGAGAUGGUCAAACCUAUCCAAAAACGGGACAAGUUGUUGUGGUUCAUUACACAGGUACAUUUACAAAUGGUCAAAAGUUUGACUCUAGUCGUGACCACGGAAUGCCAUUCAAAUUCAAAAUUGGGAAGGGUGAAGUAAUUAAAGGAUGGGAUCAAGGAGUUGCUCAGAUGUCAGUUGGCGAGCGUGCAAGACUUACUUGCUCACCAGACUUCGCAUAUGGAAGUCAGGGCCAUCCUGGAAUUAUUCCACCAAAUGCAACUCUAAUAUUUGAUGUAGAGUUACUCCAAGUUCAACCUUGAACUACUGUAAAGCCGUUACUUCAUGAACAAAAUUCUCUUCAGCAACAGUUUCCUUAAUCAAGAAUAUUCGAUGAAAUAAUAAUGCUUUUGAUGUUAUUUAUUAAUAAAUUGUCACACCAUGUAUAA